AUGACUAGAGGAAAAAUAAAGCUCGAGUAUAUAGCCAACGACGCAGAGAGAAGGGCAUCAUUUAAAAAGAGAAAGAAGGGGAUAAUGAACAAAAUGAAUGAACUUUGCACCCUGUGUGAUAUACAGGGUUGCAUUAUAAUAUAUAGUGCCUAUGAACCUCAGCCAACAGUUUGGCCAUCUCCACUUGAUGCUCAGCAAAUUAUUUCCAGAUUUCGGGAACUUCCGGAAAUGGAACAGACCCAGCGACUGUUCAAUCAGGAAUCCUAUACGAUUCAAAGGGUUCAGAAGUCUCAUAAACAAGCCGAAAAGCUUCAAAGGAUUAACAGAUUAACAGACAUGGAGAUUCUGAUGCACCAGUGCGUGGCUGGUUUGUCGAGUCUGCAAAAUGCCCCUCUAAAUUACAUAACUGAAAUGGGACAUUUGGCGGAGCAAAAUAUGCAGGACAUCAUGCCUCGAAUGGAGGAACUGGAAAAGAACCGGGCUACAACAUUACAAAUGGGUGGGACUAGCUCCAGUCCUCCUAGGGAAGAUGCCGCUGGACCCAGCUUUAGGAAUUAA